AUGCCCCGUCUCGGGCCAAACGGUUUCCUCAAGACGUUGGGUCUCUCUACGUCAGUGCGCCUCCCGCCCCCUCCAAAACUCCACCAGCUCCUGGGCCGGGGUACGAACCUUUCCAGCAGCGCCCUCCCGAAUCCGUGCCUCGAGGAGCGAGACGGCGGCGGCGAGUACGGUGCCGAUGACGCCAGCGGAACCGAACGCGCUACGUUUUCGCUGCCCAGGGAUGGCGAACAAUUCGCGUUCCGAGUGGCGGUGACGCUAGAGGCGGCCCGCCCGGCGAACAUCUUCGCUGUCCAAGCGUUUGACAUACAUUGGGAUAUCAGGACCCCGGACCCGACCGGACUCGAGCGCGCGCCAGGGCCCGUAGCCAUGUCUAGGCCAGGGGCGGCUACCAGCGGCGCUCCUUGCGGUCCCGCUGCCGCCGGCGUGCCCACGGCGAGCCGGCGCGCCGUGCGGCUCUGCGGUGGAACCCGCUUGAGGACCUUGCCGGGCGGAAGGUGGAGAGGGUACACCCUAAUCUUGCAGAGGUUAGCCGCCCAUUGGACUUGUUUCCCCACGGGCGCCGCGGCGGCCAUGCGUUGA